AUGGAUUCCCAGACAUCGGAUAGUCUGGACAUUGCAAAACUAAAACGUUUUGCGCUAGGUGGCGAUGAAAAUGAUUUGUCUCAUGCGCUUGUAAGCGAGGCUGAAUCUCAAUCUUCCCUCACCAGCCAAAUAAGCCAUGGAAAACGUGUUUCCCACCGAAGUCGACCUCGUGGAAAUAACAGGAAGCCUGCUAUUGCUGUCGAGGUGUUUUCGAACACAAAACGCCAUGUAAAAGAUACCGGCCAGGGGAAUUCGCAUUCACAAGAGCGGUUGAGCGGCGUUCCUGACUCGAUCACCCCCAAGAUGAACUCCGGAGAAAGCGGCCCAGGCGAUACUCAACCGAUAUCGCAGUCAAUUUAUGAGAAUAUUAUCGCUCGGGCGAAGUCGUUUCAUCCGUCACAGGAUGGCAGCUAUCCUCGUUCAGAUCUUCACGAUGUGGACCAGGAGUCUCUGCAGCUGACCGUCAAGGAGGGAGAGCCAGGACAUAUCGAUUUGCUGGCCGGCUUUGACUCGAAGAAAGCGACGGUCAUUCAUAAUAGCUCAGACGAUGACGAGCUCAGUUCGAAGGAGGGACCUUCGUCUCCCGUGCACUUAGCAAGCCACGAAGUCUUUCCAGAAUCGCAACGCUUUCUAGAGACUCCCAUGACCGCGGAGAAGCAGCGGGAUGCCCCGAAUCUGGCAACUACGACCCCGUCCCUUCCUCGUAACCCUCUUGCUGCCGAUUUAGGCUCAAGUGGUGGCACGAUGGCCCUCAGCCUCGCCGAACUUUUCAAGGCUACCCAAGCUCCUUCUUCGCCGUUUGUGAAUGGGCUGCCCUCUGCACCGCUGUCCGAUCGCCCUUCUCCUGAUAUUCCUAUCCAAACUCGUCCGCUGGGGGAAUAUACGUCUUCCCCUUCUCGCACACCUCGGCCGCACUUGAUUCGAAACCAUACCGAUCCUUUGUCAUACGUGCCCAUGGACGAAUCACAGAAGUUCCGCGACAAACUAAGCGAAGAGAAGCGGACUCGUUCUGCUGAGAAUAUCGAUUCCGAAGAGCGCAUUGAUACGGAUUUCGAGGAAGAGUCAAGUUUUGUUCAACGACUGAAUCGACAACGGGAGAUUGUUAAUGAAACAAAUAUCCGUUUGGCGACUGUGACCGAAGGGGAAUCUCCCAGCUCUAAGGCUAAGCUGCCCGCAAAACCGAUCAGGUGUCAAAGUCGGGAUGGAUUCUUGGAGGCAGAGCAUAAUGAACAAGAACAUUCUGCUUCCUUUAAUAACGAGGGAGCGAGCGAAGAGGAGACUGAAAAAGAAGACAAUGUUGCAAUACCAACUAAUCAAGCUCGUCGGGUUAUUUCAUCGUCCGAGGAGGACAAGGAAAAUCAGGUUGGGCUAUAUACCGCUGGUCCAUAUACAGCUACUCUGGCACAUGAUCGUCUAUCGCAAGCUUUGGAUCUAUACAAUGGUUCUACCUUGACUGACACUCCUCCAGCGGGACUCUCUUUAUUAACGCCCGAGGGAAAUAUUAUCAAAAUGUCAGAGCAAGUGAUAAAUGUACGGGAUUCUCAGCCAUCACCCAGUCAACGAUCAUCCAGACAUGUUAGAACCACAAGUCUUUUCUCUCAGCCUGAAUUUGAACAGAUUCACUCAUCCUAUGAUGACUCCUCUCCCCCCAGAAAAAGGCAACGUCAGAGGUAUUCCGCACAGGAACGUGGAGCUCAUCUUAUACAGCGCAAUUCUCAACUAUCACCCUCGAAGUAUCAGCAGUCUUCCAUACAGAAUCCAACGGGGUCAUCAUCUAUGCCGUCGGUUGUUGCCAACACUCCCGUUAACAAGAUUGGAGAUGAUACCGUUCCCGAGACAAGUAUACCGGAGUCCACUCCUGACCGGAUUCGUCAGCCAACUAUAACUCUAGAGGCUCCCGGUCGCCUUUCUUCUAUGCAGGAGACCGACAAAGAAGAUCCGGACUUGCCUACCAUACGUCACCAACGGCAAAGGAGAAACAUCGUUGGUAUUCCUUUACGCAAUGGAAGCCCCCAAGCCCAACCCCGAAAAUGGAGCGAUUUUGUCAGCUCCAGUCCUGCAAAGGGCGCUAUCAAGACCUUAUCAGAGAUAUCUGCUGAGCAGUUCACAAACACAACACCAGACGAUAUUUUGGAUAUUGAGAUUCUCAACAACGAAGAUCGAGAGUUUUCUAAGACAAUCGAAAGUCCUAGACAUUGUACACCCAAAAAAAGACUACAAACAGCCAGUGACUGGAUCAGUCCAGAUAUCAAAUCCUCCCUGGUACCUCCAGAAUCAAGUUAUGGCGUCAACGCUACACAUUCUUUACAUACUGAGACACAGGCCAAUCACCCAGAAUCUCCGGAGCCCUCAUUGAGACCCGCCAUUAUUCGACGUCAACGUACCAGGCCACCGCAACGCGAAGAUAUGUUUAAUAUGGACGAAUCGCCUCGCACUCGCACCCCAGCUACUAAAUCUAAUAUGUCACGAAAAUCUCAAUUUAAUCGAUCAGAAGAGAAGGCUUCUGGAUUACCUGCCUCAGAAAAGUCUAAAUUUUCCAACGAUAGCUCACGGCGCUCCUUUAUUAAUUAUACAAAUACCAACUCCAUUCAAGCGGAGCAGAUGGUGCGAGGUGCAUCCGUUGCGUCGAACAGGAACUUGUCGAACACCAACACACAAGACGAUAAUGCAACAUCUGAUAUUGAAUCUCCGGUGCUAGAAGAAGCAAUGGUUGCCCCAAAUCAAGUUCUCGCUUUCUGGAAUGGUCGCAAACGUGCCUAUUACCCUGCCACUUACCUCCGUUCCUGUGGGCCGCAACGUUGCAUGGUAAACUUCGUGGACAGUGGACCGGUAGAGGUAGCUCUUGGAUCGGUUAAGAAAUUACAAUUGCGUGUCGGAGAUGCAAUCAAAGUCGAUUUACCGAAUGUGCCCAAGGUUACUCACAUAGUCCGAGGGUUUUCUCAGCAGCUUAAACCUGGAGAUCUAUUGAAAACAAAUGACUACGGGCAUUUUCCUGUCACAGACAUAUAUGGGUUCUCGACCGUCAUCCUUGCUGCCAAACAACGCAAGAGCCUUCCAGGUGGCGGCCAUUUAGAAAGUGAACAGACGAUCGAAGUUCCAAUACACAGUAUAUAUCUAGACAUGAUAUUAUGGAACCAGUUGAAAGGCCGCUCAUUUGCACCUGAUAAGAAACUGGAUCCAACGCUGAACGUUAUCCAGACCCCAAGCCGAGGUGCUUCGACUCCUGUGUCGCCAGGGUCAAAGGUUUCACGUACUCAACUUCCUACACGCGUAGGUCUCUUCUCUGGGAUGAUAUUUGCCGUCUCCUUUGGGGACCAGGAUGUCACAAAGGCUCGACUCACAAAGCUGAUUCUCGAGAAUGGUGGUCAGAUCCUCCAAGAUGGAUUCGAGGAACUCUUUGAAUUCCCAUCUAGUGUGCCGCCUGUUACACACACAGCCACUUCUUCUCAAAUUCCAAGCACCGAGGAGUCCAUACACUUUCGCCUAGCGCCCAAGUUUGAAAAUAUAGGAUUUACUUGCUUGAUAGCAGAUAAACACUCGCGUCGAGCCAAGUAUAUGCAAGCUCUUGCUCUCAAUGUUCCUUGUCUUUCUAGGAGGUGGAUCGAAGAUUGUGCUAGCCACAAUCGUAUCCUUGGCUGGGAACAUUAUCUUCUUCCUGCCGGUGAAUCCAAAUACCUCCAUGGGGCUAUCAAAUCCAGAGUGCUUACACCAUACUCCGCGGAAACUACCAUGUUUGCAGAAAUGAUCGACGGACGCGCGAAACUUCUUGAUGGUCAAUCCGUGCUUUUGGUCUUGGGACGUGGGAAGACCGAAGAAAGACGCAAAGCUUAUCUUUUCCUUGCCUAUGCUCUCGGAGCUACAAGGGUCGGACGUGUACUUGAUCUGAAAUCUGGCAAGAAAUUGCUUCAUACAAACGCUCGGAACAAUGCCGGGAAGUGCGGAUGGGAUUGGCUCUACGUCGACGACCACGAGGAGGCCGCAGCGAAGGAGAUUAUAAUAGGCAAACCUUCGGAUACCGCCAACAAUAGCAGAAAGAGAAAGCGAUCAUCUAUAUUCACCAAUUCCUUCGGAGGAGCCGAGACCGCGAGGGAUGAGGGGUCGAUACAAAUUAUGAGCAACGAAUCUGUCUGUCAGAGCUUGAUAUUAGGAAUGAUCUGCAAGUAG